AUGGGUAUUCCUAAAUUCUUUAGAUACAUCUCUGAGAGAUGGCCAAUGAUCUCCCAAUUAAUUGAAGGUUCGCCAAUACCUGAAUUUGAUAAUUUGUAUUUGGAUAUGAAUUCAAUUUUGCACACUUGUACUCAUGGUGAUGAUAUAGAUUUAGUAACGUCGUCACGCCUCUCUGAGGAAGAAAUAUUUGCACGUAUUUUUACUUAUAUUGACCAUCUUUUUUUAACUAUUAAACCCAAAAAAGUAUUUUAUAUGGCUAUUGAUGGUGUAGCUCCAAGAGCUAAAAUGAAUCAACAAAGAGCAAGAAGAUUUAGAUCUGCAAUGGAUGCAGAGAAGGCUUUAGCUAAAUCUGAAACUCCUAUAAAUAAAGGUGAUAUCUUCGAUUCUAAUGCAAUCACACCUGGUACCGAAUUUAUGGCUAAGUUGACUAAAAACUUAAAAUAUUUCAUUAACAAUAAAGUAUCCCACGAUUCGAAUUGGAGUGGAAUUAAGAUUAUUUUGUCUGGUCAUGAAGUUCCUGGUGAAGGUGAACAUAAAAUUAUGAAUUUUAUUAGAAACAUUAAAUCUUCAAAUGUAGAAGAUAGUUCAAAUAUAAGACAUUGUAUCUAUGGGUUAGAUGCUGAUUUAAUUAUGUUAGGUCUUUCGACACAUGCUCCUCAUUUUGCAUUAUUGAGAGAGGAAGUGGUUUUUGGUAAGCAAAGAUCCUCUCAAUAUAAAACUUUAGAACAACAAAAUUUUUAUUUAUUACAUCUUUCACUAUUGAGAGAAUAUAUGGAAUUAGAAUUUAGAGAAAUUGCAGAUAUAUUGCCAUUUCAAUAUGACUUCGAAAGAAUUCUUGAUGAUUUUAUAUUAAUCAUGUUUGUUAUUGGUAACGAUUUCUUACCUAAUUUACCUGAUUUGCAUUUAAAUAAAGGCGCAUUCCCUGUAAUUUUACAAACUUUUAAAGAAGCAUUACUACAUUUAGAUGGUUAUAUUAAUGAACAUGGAAAAAUUAAUUUAAAAAGAUUAAAUAUUUGGUUGAAAUAUUUGUCACAAUUCGAACUAAUGAAUUUUGAAAAAGAUGAUAUUGAUAUUGAUUGGUUUAACCAACAACUGGAAAAUAUUUCUUUAGAAGGUGAAAGGAAGAGAGCCAAGCAUGGCCAAAAAUUGUUAAUAAGACAACAGAAGAAACUUGUUGGAUUUGUAAAACCUUGGAUCACUAAAUUAACCACUGAAAUUGAUCCUAAGACAGUGGAUGAUUCUGAUCCAAAGUUAUGUUUGCUUUUGCCAAAGGAUACCGAUGAUAAAGAUGGAGGUUAUAAUAUAAAGAAUAAUCUACCAUUUGUAAAAAAAUUGACACACGAUUUAGGCCUAUUUAUUAUACAUUCUAAAUCAAAAGAUACAUACACUCUAAAAUUUGAUGUCGAUGGUGUAAACCCACAUGAAACUGUUGAAGAACGCCAUGAACGUAUAGCACAAAUUAGAAAAACAAUCAAAAAUUAUCAAAGUUCUUUAGUAGUGGAAGAUGAAGAAGAACUGGAGAAAGAGAAAAAUAUUUAUGAUUCAAGAUUUGAAGAUUGGAAAUUAAACUAUUAUAAAGAUAAAUUCCAUUUCAAGGAUAAAGAAUCUAUCAUUAAUGUAGCUAAAAAUUAUGUUGAAGGGUUGCAAUGGGUUUUGUACUAUUAUUACAGAGGUUGUCCUGCAUGGGGUUGGUAUUACCAUUACCAUUAUGCACCAAGAAUAUCAGACUUAGCACUUGGUUUAGACCAAACUAUUCAGUUUGAUUUAGGUUCACCAUUUAAACCUUUUGAACAAUUAAUGUCUGUUUUGCCAGAGAGAUCUAAAAAUCUGAUUCCAACUGCCUUAAGGCCGUUAAUGUACGAUUCCAAGUCACCCAUUUUGGACUUCUAUCCUGAUGCUGUGGAAUUAGAUAUGAAUGGAAAAACUGCUGAUUGGGAAGCUGUUGUUUUACUUCCCUUCGUAGAUGAAAAUAGAUUAAGAGAUGCUAUGAAACCAUAUAUGGACAAAUUAACUCUAGAAGAAAAACAAAGAAAUGAAUUAGGUACCGAUCUUCAAUUUAUUUUUAACCCACAGGUAGACACAGUCUAUAAGACACCAUUGAAGGGGGUCUUUACAGACAUUGAACACAACCACUGUGUUGAAAAACCAUUCCACUUGGAAAAACUGGACCCAGAUCAAAUCAAGUACGGAUUACUUCCAAAUGAUAAGAUGGGUGUAAAUAUAUUAGCCGGGUUUCCAACUUUACAAACUAUCCCAUUUACUGCAUCUCUUCAGUACAAUGAAACCUUAGUGUUCCAACAACCAUCUAGACAACAAUCUAUGGUCUUGGAGAUUGAGGAUAUCUAUGACGAAAAUAACUUGACUUUAGAUGAAUUGGCUAAACGUUAUAUAGGAAAGAUUGUUUAUACCAAGUGGCCAUACUUAAGAGAAUCUAAAUUGAUCUCUAUCUUUGAUGAAAACAGUGUUUUUGAAGGCAAGCAUACUGUUGAUAAUCAAGGCAAAAAACAUUUCAAAGUUAUUCAUAGAUCUGCGGAUAUUCAUGAACAAAAAGAAUUUAAGCAGUUAAAUGGAUCCAUGAUGAAGAAUUAUAAAAAACAAAUGGCAGUUCUGUUGAAGAAUAUUAGAGCUUUUGUUAAAGUUGUACCUGUCACCGGUUUGAUUAGAAACAGUGAGGGUGCGUAUAUCAAAACAUAUGCUAAGACAUCCGAAGUCUAUCCCUUGCAAUUAAUGGUUGAAUCAAUUUCUAAUGUAGAUGAACGUUACAUUGAAAAACCACCUGUUCCAAUUGAACAAGAAUUCCCAUUGAAUUCUCGUGUAAUUUUCCUUGGUGAUUAUGCAUAUGGCAGUGAAACCACAAUCAAUGGUUACAGUAGUACUAGAAGAUUAAAGAUUACUGUUAACAAAAAGUCCCGUGGGAGCGAACCAACAAUCGGGAAAGAGAUGGUUGCACGUGAUGCUAGUUUAAUUCAUUAUUUCCCAUCUUUUGUCAUAGCCAAGGAAUUAAAUCUAAAUAGACUGUUUUUAGCCAGAAUCACUUCAAAGUUUUUAAUUGCUGAUAAUGAAGGGAAGCAAGUCAAUGUAGGUAUCCCUGUAAAAUUUGAGGCAAAACAUCAAAAGGUUUUGGGUUAUGCCAGAAAGAAUCAAAAAGGGUGGGAAUACUCAAAUUUAACUGUUAACUUAUUAAAGGAAUAUAGUACUAGAUUCCCUCAUUUUUUCUAUAAUUUGUCAAAAAUACCUACCAGUGACAUUCCAAUGUUACAGGACUUGUUACCUAAUCUUUCAAGUAGCGACUCAACAAAGGAAUUGAAUGAAAUCAAAAAUUGGCUUAAAUAUGUUACUGAGUUGUUUGUAACAGUCUCUUUUGAAAGUGAUUCAUUGAGUAAAGGCUCAAUCAGAAGUGUAGAAGACUAUAUAAUUGCCCAUUCAUUUAAAUUGGAACAAUGUGAAUCCAAAAAUUUGGCAAAGGUCCCACGUGAAGCUAUUUUGGAUCCAAGAGAGUCCAUUAGUUUAUUAAGAACACAACGUUUCAACUUGGGUGAUCGUGUAAUGUACAUCCAAGAUUCAGGAAAAGUUCCAUUGUAUUCUAAGGGUACUGUUGUUGGUUACACCACAUUAGGCUUGAAUGUUUCUGUUCAAGUAUUAUUCGAUCACGAAAUUGUUGCUGGUAAUACGUUUGGUGGUAGAUUAAGAACUAAGAGAGGUUUAGGCCUGGAUUCAUCUUUCUUACUAAACUUAACUGAUAGGCAAUUAGUCUAUCAUUCUAAAGCAUCUAUGGAAAAUAAAACACGUACCAAAGGUUUGCCAAAUGAAUCAAAUAAUGCUGUGAAUGAAAAAAGAUUAAGACAGAAGAAGGAGCGAAAGGCUCGACAAGAAGCUGAUAAGAUAAGAAAGGAGGUAGGCCAUAAUCUAUUAAGUUUGAUACAAAAGAAUCAAGAUACUAAAGCUGGAUUAAAAGAGAAAGAAGUAGAACAACCAGAUGAUAUUGUUGAAAAAGAGGUACAAAGUGCAGAGAAUGAACAGGAUAGUUCUAAACCACUGGAAAGCUUAUUAAAUCGUAAUGAUGAAGCUAAAAAAGAAGCCAAACUUCCUGAAUCUUUGCCGCCAAAUAAGGCUGUUGCUACCUCAGUGUUUAACGCAGUCCUUAACCAAAUAGAAUCGACAGAUGAUCAAAGUAAUCACCCACCUACUGAGUCAAAUAAUUAUCAGCCUACUCCAUAUCAUACCCUUGACCCAGCAAGUUUACCAUACCAUAUGCCACCAGUCGUAAAUAGUAUGUACGUUAUGGGAAAUAAUGCUCAACCUAUUAUUGGAACAAUACCACCUACACACCCACAUCCUCAUGGACAUGCAUAUCCUUACUCAACUGGUCCUAGCUUACCAAAUAGUCAUCCUUAUCCGAACGACAUGCCACCAUCAGGACAACAUCUACGUGGACCUGUGCAAUAUCCUCCAAUGGUCCCACCAGGAUUUGUUCCACAUCAAGGUAUAUUGAGUGGCAACGCACCUGCUCAUGCCAAGGUUAACCAAGAACUUCCCGUAGAUAAAAAAGGCACUAAGAAAUUACAACAUAUUUCUAAAAAUGCUAAGGGGAAGAACUCUACUUCUAAAAAGAAGAUAGAGGCAUCAACAAAUCAAUCAAAUGAAAAAAAAAUGUCCGAAAAAGUAGAAAAGGAUAACAAGAAAGAAUCUAUAAAAAAAGAAGAAGAAUAA